GUCUUCACUUUAAGAAACUAUAUUUACUGUUUUUCUCUAUUUUGUUGAAGGUGAGGUCACUUCUUUCUCUCCGUCUUCCUCUCUCUCUCUCUCUCUCUCUCUCUCUUUCUCUCUUAAACCUUUUUCCACCUCUAUAAACAUCCUUGAUAUUUUCAUUCUUCAUCCCCCUCCUCUCAUCAACAUACACUCUGUACUCUCUCGAACAAUCUCCCCUUCUAUUCCUAUCAGAUAAAACCGUUAAAACAAAGCAAGUGUUCAGGCCAUGCAGCCGACUGAGCUUGCGGAACUCAGGUACUUAGCACCUGCAAAUCCAUCUCCUUAUCCUCCUCACACUGAUAACUUGAGCUCCAACAUACAACACAUCCAGUACUCAAACAUAUUCUUAGGUCAAUUACCACCCCAUUCUCAUAUACCUGCUCCGUUUCACGAAUUAACGCAACAAUUCUCAUGUCUCAGCAGUAAUUCAACUUCUGAUGAAGCAGAUGAUAACCAACAACAGAGUGUUGUAGAUGAGAGGAGACGGAGGAGAAUGAUAUCAAAUAGAGAAUCAGCUCGUCGGUCAAGAAUGCGUAAGCAGAAACACCUUGAUGAACUCUGGUCACAUGUUCGUAGGCUUCAAUAUGAGAAUCGUCAGCUCAUUGAUAAGCUGAACAAUUUUUCUGAUACCCAUGACCGAGUUCUUCAAGAGAAUACUCGACUCAAAGAGGAAUCUUCUGAACUUCGCCAAAUGCUAAGUAGCUUGCAACUUGAUCAUCAAUAUGAUGCUUUGAGAGCUCUAGAAGAAGUACCAUGCAGUACUCACCUUAUAGACGAAUCGUCAAAUCAAUCAAUCUCUAGUUCUAUCGAUUUGCUUCAUUAGAAUAAGAAUCGUGUUUCUUUUCUUUCUCGUUCUUUUUGUUUCUCUUUCACCAUUUUAUGUGUACCUUGUUCCUUGUCGUAAGUCUUAAAUCAGUUGAGCUGUAUGAGUUUAUAAAGGAAACAGCAAAAUAACAGCUUUUUGACCA